AUGGAAUUAUUGUUGUUUAUUUUUUGCUGUGGCGCAUUUUGUUUGACACGAGCCAAUCUGAUGGAGCAACAGACUGCUGACAAUAUAGACAACCGUUCAACUCUAGAAGAUGAAAUGGACAAUCAAGAAAACAUCUUAACACAGCUCAUUGGGGACUAUGAUAAAGUUAAGACUCUGUCUGAGGGCUCAGACUGUCAGUGUAAGUGUGUAGUAAGGCCUCUGAGCAGGAGUGCAUGCAAGCGCAUUGAAGAGGGCCAUGCCAAGCCUGAGGACUUCUACACAGUGGAGACCGUCACUGCAGGACCCAGCUGUAAGAAGUGUGCCUGCAUCGCCCCUCCCUCUGCCCUAAAUCCCUGUGAGGGAGACUUCAGGUUUAAGAAGCUGCAAGAGGCGGGACGGGAUGAUGUAAAGCUCUCAACCAUAAUGGAACUGCUAGAAGGAGCAUUUUAUGGGAUGGACUUGUUAAAGCUUCACUACAUCACAACAAAACUUCUGGAACGGGUUGAUAAUAUAGAGAAUUCGUUUUCCGGAAACCUGACAAAAGAGAAAGUGAGCGUGAAAGGUGAAAAAAAGGAAGGGAAGGGGCCUCGCUCCAACCAACGGCAAGAGAAGAGGAAACAUCUCAGCGUGCUGGAGCCCUCACUGCAGAAGAAUGCGGCAGCUGCUUUUGCUCACACUGAGAGGAAAUAUGAGGAGAAGUUUGUUGGGAGUCAGGGCUCCAGCAAACCUGUGCUGAAGCGAAGCAACUCUGAGGGUCAGGAGGAGAAGCAUAAACCUGCAAAGACCAAAGCCGGUCCCAAUGGCAUGACCAUCAAAAGCAUGACCUUCUACAAGGCCAACACAAUGGAGGACAGCGAAGGGGAAGAGCACACCACAGCAGCACAUGAGGUUGUGAGUGGCGAUGGCUCGGUGGAUUUAAUAAUUGAAGACCAGCUCCAUAAGCAAGAGCCGCCUGCAUCUGUUACAAGACCUGCAACCGCUGCGACAGUGACCCAGACACCGUCAACAAACCUCAACACACAGAAUGAAGACCCUACUGCUGCAAACAUGCCAAAUGUAACAAGACAAACUGAAGAAGAGACUGUAAAAGCCGAGAAGUCAAGCACAAUUACAACAACAAGGGCAAUCCUGCCAACCUCAUUGCCUUUAACUACCAUAAUGUCACCAAGCACCAAUGCAGCAACCACCGCAACUCCUCUUGCAGUGCCACAGCUGGCCAGUGUUACAGCACCUGCAAAGAAGUCCAAACUUAGCUGGGAUGAAGCUACAACUCAAACAAGCACACAGCCUCCAAAGAAGAACAAAGAACAAGAGAUCUGCAAGGACACAUUAGCAAGCAUUGCUGAUCCUGUUACACACAACACAUAUGGAAAAAAUGAAGGUGCAUGGAUGAAAGACCCAAAGGGCAAUGGAAAAGUUAUAUAUGUGACUGACUACUACUAUGGAAACCAGCUUCUGGAAUUCCGUGAUAUGGACACCUUUAAACAAGGGCAGUUUAGCAACUCCUACAAACUCCCCUAUAACUGGAUUGGCACUGGCCAUGUGGUCUACGGUGGCUCUUUCUUUUACAAUAGAGCCUUUUCUCGUGAUAUAAUCAGGUUUGAUCUUCGUCUCCGGUAUGUAGCAGCCUGGACCACCCUUCAUGACGCAGUAUUAGAGGAGGAGGAGGCACCCUGGAGUUGGGGAGGACAUUCAGACUUUGACUUUGGUGUGGAUGAGAGCGGGUUAUGGUUAGUGUACCCAGCUCUGGACGAAGAAGGAUUUCACCAGGAAGUGAUCAUCCUGAGCAAGCUCCGACCUUCUGACUUACAGAAAGAGAAGAACUGGAGGACGGGCCUGAGGAGGAACUACUACGGAAACUGCUUCGUCAUCUGUGGCGUUCUGUACGCCGUCGACAGUUUCCAGCACACACAGGCCAAUAUUUCCUAUGCAUUCGAUACGCAUACACACACCCAGAUGAUUCCCCGCCUCCCUUUUGUAAACAACUACACCUACACCACACAAAUCGACUACAAUCCUAAGGAACGUAUGCUAUAUGCAUGGGACAAUGGCCAUCAGGUGAGCUACGAUGUAACAUUUGCUUAUUAACUGUAAUUUAAACACUUUAUUAAGGU